UUUGUAAUAUUUUGGUUUGCUUAACUCUCGAUCUCAUUCUGUUUUGAAAACCCUAGAUUUUUGGAGAAACAACACUGAUUUGCUUCCAAAUCAGCGUUCUAGUACGCGAUUUUUAGUAAAUAAAUAUCGGUAAUAAUGGGUUUUAUUUGACGUUUCUAAAACCGACCUACUUUACCUUUUUCUUUUUCUUUUUUUAAUAGUGGGGGAUUCGAGUUUUUUUAUGAAAAUUCUAGUUUGUAUUUUCGCGAUCUUGGCCAAAAAAAAAAUUCUCGUUGAAGUGGCUAGUUUAGUGCUUGUACUUUGUUUCUGAGUCUGGGUCUCUGCAAUUUGAGGAUUUGAUACGUGAUUGUGAAGAUCUGAGUAGUAUUUUUUUCUACUACUUUGAUGGGGAAGGGUUCAAAGAGGGGUGCAUGCGAUUCUGCAUCACAUAGUCUCUUCAAGGACAAAGCAAAAAAUCGUGUGGACGAUCUACAGGGUAUGUUCAGCAAUCUGCAAUCUGCCAGGAAGGAGAGCCGCACAAUUGAUGUUGCUGUGCUUGAAGAGCAGGUUCAUCAGAUGCUUCGGGAAUGGAAGGCCGAGCUGAACGAGCCCUCCCCAGCUUCAUCACUGCAGCAGGGAGGGAGUCUGGGCAUGAUUUCACCAGAUAUUUGUAGGCUACUGCUGCUUUCUGAAGAAGAAGAUGAUGCAACCAGUGCAUUAGCUGCACCAAAGCCGGAGCCUGAUGUGCAAAAAGUCAUGAAUGGGUCUACAUCUCAGGAGGUGUGUUUCAAUUUACCCAAGGGACCUCAAGAACAAAGCUUCCAGAUGGUUGACCAGUGCAAAAGCAUGGUUCCAGGAGUUAACAACAUGGGGAUUAAUGUAAUUGGUCCUGCAACACAAUUGGAAUAUCAUCCAUUCCAAUUUCAAGACUUUGAACAGAACUACUUGUCUGGGUUUGACAGCACGUGUUUUGUUGGGGAGGAUGCUUUGCCUUGUAUUUCUGGCUACUCACAAAAUAUUUGCCCUCCACCUUCUGCUUUCUUAGGGCCAAAAUGUGCCCUCUGGGAUUGUCCGAGACCUGCACAAGGGUCAGACUGGUGUGAAAAGUCGAAUGACUACUGCAGUAAUUAUCAUUCUUGGCUUGCACCUACAGAAGGCUACCCGGGCAUGCCUCCUGUCAUAAGACCAAAAGGAAUUGGCUUAAAGGAUAACUUACUAUUUUCUGCUCUUAGUGCAAAAUCACAAGGAAAAGAUGUUGGUAUUCCAGAAUGUGAAGGUGCAGCUACUGCAAAAUCUCCUUGGAAUGCACCUGAGCUAUUUGAUCUUGUGAUUAUGGAAGGUGAAACAAUCAGGGAAUGGCUGUUCUUUGACAAGCCUCGCAGAGCGUUUGAGAGUGGUAACAGGAAGCAACGAUCAUUGCCUGAUUAUGUUGGACGUGGUUGGCACGAGUCAAGGAAGCAAGUGAUGAAUGAAUUUGGAGGUUUGAAGAGAUCCUACUACAUGGAUCCACAACCCAUGGAAAAUUAUGAGUGGCACCUUUUUGAAUAUGAAAUCAACAAAUAUGAUGCAUGUGCUUUGUAUAGAUUGGAAAUCAAGCGAGUAGAUGGGAAAAAGAUUCCUAAAGGGAAAUCAAGUAAUGAUUCUGUGGCUGAUCUGCAAAAGCAAAUGGGAAGACUGACUGCUGAAUUUCCACCUGUCAGCAAGCGCCCUGUUAAGGGAUAUGGAAAGGUGAAUACGAAGGACAGAACUGGUGGCAUUUAUCCCGCUUCUAAUGCAGUGGAGCCUACAGAGGAAGGAUUCGAUUAUUAUCUCGUUGACGACUUGAAUGGCUACUAUUUGACUUGAUAGAAAGACAUUGAUGCAUCUGGAAUAAGAGAUGAUUUGCCAUUGUAGUGUAUAUCAUUAUAUCAUUCACUGAAUCCACUGGGCCAUAAGGCAAGGAGUGGAAUUUUCAAGUUUCUACUUAUUAUUGACUUCUGGUCCUUCGCAGGUUCUAGUUUCCCUCUCGAGACCUCAGAUUCCUGGGUAUAAAUAGUUCAUUGUCAUCUAAAGUACAGUGCACAACUGACUUUUUAUCUUGGACCAUGUUUUAACUGUUAGUAGACAGCGGCAAAUGCCGAGGAUGGUUAGAUGUGAAUGCACUUGGGAUAUAGAGUAUGUAGUUGAAGGUUGACAAUAUUAGCUGACAUGUAUGCUAUUACUGAUCAUCAUAUAUGAAGCAUAUAUUAUCUUGACUUUA